AUGGACUUCGAUUUGGACGCUUGUUGGACGUUCACAGCUACAGGUCAUGGUAAAGGUGCUGGCGACGAGUCUGUUGCUAACUAUAAGGGACAAAAAAAGGCAUCAACAUCGGAUUCUAUCGAAGCUUUUUUUUAUUCACUUUCAAAUCUUCAUCAAAAUAAUUCAAUUUUUACUAUUGAUAAAUUACCUGAAUUAUUUCGUCAUGUUAUACCAGAAUAUAUAUUAAAGGCAAGACAAUUAGUUUCUUAUGUUCAUAGUAUUGCUGAUAUGGCACUAGAAUUAGAUGAAAAUACAUUUGAACAAAAUAAUACAAGUAAUAAUGCUAGCUUUACUUUAAGAUUAACUAAAUAUUUACCAACGAAAAAUGAAGAACAAUUAGCAUUCGGAGAACAUCAAGAUUAUCUUGGAUUUACAUUAAUACAAAAUGAUAAUGUACCGGGUUUAGAAGUAAAUAUAAAUGAAAGAUGGUUUCGUGUAGAAUCUAAACCAAAUACUUUAUUAUUAGUUGGCGGUGAAUUUAUUGAAAGAUGGACAAAUAAUUACUGGAAAGCUAUAUUACACCGUGUUGCAGCUGUAAAACAAUUAAGAUAUUCAGUAUUAUUCUUUAGUGGACCAGAUAUGAAUUGUGUUAUUCAAACAUUACCAUGUAAAAAAUGUAUAAAACAACAAUCAAAAUAUAUCCCUAUCACUGCAUACGAACAUUUAGUACAAAGACAAAUAGCUGCAACACGGAACUAA